CAAAAGCUAUAAUUUAUAAUAUAAGCAUAUGUGUGUAUGUGUAUGUCAAUCGAUUUACAGGAUGCUGCAGCACUGUCACGAAGAUGACUUCGUUAAAAAACAACCACCACAACAGCAUCUGUCUAUAUAGUCAUCAGCAUUGACGAUAUUACCAUCCACCGCCCUUCGGUAGCGCCAAAAAACCACUUAGCUUCGUUACCAGCAAUUUGCCACUUUUGGCGAGCUACCGACUGGCCGACCGUUUCAGUCAUUUUCGAACAUGAGCGCCGUUGGUUUCAAUAAAAAUAAACGCACCGGUCCGGUUGUUGUCUAAACAAAAAAAAAAAAACAACAAUACAAAUAUAAGUAAAAUAUGUAUUUAAAACACAAAAUAAGAAUAAAGUAAAAAGAGCAUAUAUGAAAUUUUUGUUUGAACAAAAUUUUUGAACGAUUAACACUAAAAAUAGACUAAACGCCUGUCUAUUUAUUACGUGUCUAAGGGAUUUGCAGUGCGGUGCUUUGUGGGAAUAGCAACAUCAAUACAACAGUUUGCACAUACAUACAUAUAUAUCUUUGCAAAAGCAUAUGUAUAAGCAAAAUUUGUGCUAAAAAAAUUGAAAUUAAUGAAUUUGUGACACUUAUAUUUAGUUAACCAAAUUGGAAACUUUAAAAACACUAUUAUAUAGGUAUAUGUGAAUUUGAAAAAAAGAACAAUAGCAUUAUUAAAAAGCAAAUACAUAUAGAAUUCUCAAAAUGCCCGCAUCGAAUACGAUAGUUUUGAAGAGUCUUUCCAUACUGCUCGGAUUAUUCUUCAUUUUUGUUGGAUUACUUAAAUUGACGCCAGCUAUUAGCAAGGAUCUGUUUAAGGACUUGCGAACAGAAUAUGUUAAAUAUGCCAAAGUUUUCCCACUGGCCACUUUGUUUGGCUUGAAAGUACCCUCAAAGUGGUAUCGUCGUACUGUUGGUAUUCUGGAGAUAACUUGCGGUCUGGCUAUGGCACUUAUUCCAUAUCAUAAAGUUAAAAAUGCUGCCAAUGUAACUUUGUUGCUACUGAUGAUUUUGGGUGUCUAUCAACAUUGGAUGGUCAGUGAUCCAUUCGAACGAUCUGGCCCAGCGCUUGUAUUUACAUUCAUGCUUGGUGGACGACUUGUUGUAUGGUAUCAGACAAGUCGGAAAGAUAGUGAACUAGCAGCUGCCGCACAACCACAAACGAACGGAGUGAAACAGGAUUAAGAAGUCAAUGAGAAAUCUUAGAAAUCAGAUAUUCAGAUUCAACACAUUUUAAUAAAAUAUAAACAUAAUUAUCUACGAUAAAAAAAACUACCUUUCGCACAUCACAUCACUUGAUAUCACAUCAGACUUAAGAUAAGCAUACAUAAUAUCAAAUCAAUCAAUUCACAUACAUAAAGUGACAGAGCAUUAAUACUCACUCAUAAGUUCAUAGCCAUAUAUACAUAAGUAAUCUAUAAAUUUUAAACUGAACGUUCAUUAUUUUGUACUUUAAAUUAAUUAACUGAAACCCACUGUAAAUCCGAAAAGUCUACCAUAAUAUGUGCUCAAAACCAAUUUCGAUAAACACAAAUACAUAAACAUAAUUAUCAUAUUGUGGAAAUUUUUUAACUGCACGAUAUAAUGAACAUUAAAAUAAAUCAAUUCAUAAAUGUCAUGUAGUAGAACUCCAUUUAUUAUUACAACUUUUACUUUUAUUUUUUCAAAUGAUAUGGAAUCGCACACAAUUUUAAUAAAAUGUUUAAACAGAAAAGCAUUUCA